CCACAUUAAGGUUUUUAUCCAAAAUAUUUACACCGAGUAAUGAAGAGCCACCAAUACUUUCAGGCGCUUUGCCCUUCAUUGGUCAUGGACAUAAGUUGGUUGGAGAUAGCAAAGACUUUUGGAAGAUGAUUGAACGAGAAACCCCAAAGGCCAUGUCUAUUGCAUACUCUACUACUGUAUUUAUAUUCGGAAUUAAAAAUUACAUCUUAGCGGAUCCAGAUGACUGUUUGACAGUUGGCAAUGCUUGUUUAGAAAAACAUAAGUUUUACAGUAUCGCGCGCUCCUGCUUCGGUGACGGAUUAGUAACUGCCUCUACCGAAACUUGGAAAGAACAUAGAAAGUUGUUAAACCCAAAAUUUAGUCUGAAUUAUUUGCUAAGUCUUUUGGGAGUAUUCAAUAAACAAGCAAGGGAUUUUGUAAAAGAAUUCGAAACUCAUAUAGACAAUGGAGAAUUUGAUCACGGGUAUUUCAUACGACAUAAUGAAAUGAGAACGAUUUGUUUAACAUCAAUCGGCUUAGAUUUAACCAACGACAAAGAAACUUUGAACGAAUAUGAGAAUGCUUUUCUUACAAUAUUAAACAGCUACAUUGAACAAUUUGUAAAUUUGUGGCUGCACUUCAAAUUCUUCUGGAGACGAAGCAGACUGAGGAUAAUACGAAACACCAAUCGAGAUAUAAUGCACAGAACUAUAGACAAGAUUGUAGAAAGAAAGAAUUAUGUUUAUGACAACGAAAUCAAUAGUAAUAGUGAUGAAGCUGGCCAUUUUAAACCAUUCCUCGACGUGCUAUUCGAUGUCAAGAAUACAGUUGGAGAUGAAGUGAUGAAUGACAAAUUUAUCAGAGAUCAUGUGAAUACGCUAAUUUUCGCUGGACAUGAUACUAUCACACUUGUCAUGCAAGUCGUGAUGAUAGUGAUAGGUUCUUACCCCGCAGUGCAAGACAAACUUUAUUCUGAACUUCAAGAAGUAUUUGGUGGUUCUGAUAGAGAUGUGGAAAAAGAUGAUUUGACAAAAUUAAUUUAUAUGGAUGCGGUUUUGAAGGAGACGAUGCGACUUUAUCCGAUAGUGCCUUUUUUAGGACGUUAUGUACAUCGUGAUAUAAAACUUAAAAAUGUCACACUUAAAGGUGGACAUUCGUGUUUCCUCAGCGUGUACGCGGUUAACAGGCAUCCGAUGUGGGGCCGCGACGCGGACCACUUUAGGCCGGAACGAUGGCUGGAUAGAAGCACGUUGCCUAGCAACCCCAAUGCAUUCAUGGCGUUUAGUAUCGGGAAAAGAAAUUGCAUCGGACGGACUUAUUCGAUGAUAUCAAUGAAGACUACGCUUGCACAUAUUCUACGGAGAUAUCGUAUUAAUGCGGAUUUAAAAAAAUUGGAAUUUAAAUUUGAAGUUCUGUUAACACCAGCUGCUGGUCACUAUAUAUCAAUAGCAAGACGAAAACCAAGACCGAAUCAAGAGCCGCCUGUACUCAAAGGAGCGUUACCUCUAGUUGGCCAUGCGCAUAUGUUAAUUGGUGAUAGCAAUUAUAAUUGGAAGAUGGUUAUGAGAUGGUCCAAAGAAUGUCUGUCAAUUGGCGGCAGUGCUAUAUUUUAUAUAUGCGGUCGGAAAUAUUAUGUCCUGACAGAUCCAGACGAUUGUCUGACAGUCGCUAAUGCUUGUUUGAACAAAGACAUCGUAUACAAAAGCGCCAGGUCUUGUUUUGGCGAUGGAUUAGUUACCGCACCAACUAACGUUUGGAAAGGUCAAAGAAAGUUGCUGAAUCCAACAUUUUGUCUCACUCAUUUGCUGAGCCUUUUGGGCGUAUUCAAUAAACAAUCGAGGAUUCUGUUAGAAGAAUUUGAAUCACAAAUAGGCAAAGAAUUCGAUCAUGGAUCUAUUAUACGACAUAACGAAAUGAAAACAAUUUGUUUCACAUCACUUGGAUUGGAUUAUAGUAACGAUAAAGACACGUUGCUUGAAUUCGCCAACGCAUUUGAUAUUGUGAUGAAUUGCUUUACGGAGCAUUUGCAAAAGUUUUGGUAUCAAAUAAGAUUUAUUUGGCGUCGGAGUGACCUUAAACGGAAACGAGAUACAUAUUGUAAUAUUAUGAGUAGAAUUACCGACACUAUUAUAAAAAAACGCAGAGCGGAUCAUCGUAAUAAAAUUGUUAGUGGAAAUCAUGAUGAAGGUACGAAUUUUAAACCAUUUUUAGACGUUUUAUUCGAACUCAAAGAAACGGUUGGAGACGAAGUAAUGAGCGACAAACUAAUAAGGGAUCACGUUAAUACGCUGAUCAUGGCUGGUCAUGACACUGUUACAAAUGCUUUACAAAUAACUUUGAUACUUAUAGGCUCUUAUCCUAAAGUGCAAGAUAAAAUUUAUGCUGAGCUCCAAGAAGUGUUUGGUAAUUCCGACAGAGACGUCGAAAAGGAUGAUUUGAGAAAAUUAAUUUAUUUGGAGGCGGUUUUAAAAGAGGCGAUGCGACUUUACACUAUUGUACCUAUAACGAGUCGCCAUUUACAUCAAGAUGUAAAACUUAAAAACUACACACUUCAAAGAGGUAAUUCGUGUAUUUUAUUCUAUAUGGCCGUCCACCGUCACUCGAUGUGGGGGCCCGACGCCGAACACUUCAAGCCGGAGCGUUGGCUCGACCCAAACACGUUGCCUAGCAACCCCAACGCUUUUAUCGCCUUCAGUCUUGGAAAGAGAAAUUGCAUUGGACGGACUUACGCGAUGAUAUCAAUGAAGACUACGCUUGCACAUAUUCUACGGAGAUAUCGUAUUCAUGCAAACGAUAAUGAAAUGCGAUUCAAAUUGGAAUUUCUCUUAAAACCUUCCGCUGGUUAUCUAAUAAAAAUAGAGCGACGAUAAUUCUAAAAAUGUAUUAAAUUA